UGCUAGGCUAAGCCAACUCCUGCUGUGUCUGAAGAUUCUGGAGUCCCUGCAGCGAGUUACGCAGGCUUGGUUCUGAAGAGACAGACAGUUAUUUUCCAGCUUGUCAGGUCUGACUCAGACAGCUGGGAAGUCAUCAUUCAUGCAAUGAACGCGUUGGAUUUUGCGGCCGAUCUGAUCUACCUGUUCUGUCUAUCUAGAACAAAUCCUCUUUCUUCCACUGUCUUGCUUUUUCACUUCUUUUGUGUCUUGCACAUGCAAACGUGAUGCAGUUUAUUCUCCCUGAAAAGGAAGUUCUUUGGGAACCAGCUCCAGAACACAGCUCCAAGAUCACAGCUGCCAGACCUCAGCUCUGUGCCAAUGACGCUGCCAAAACUGGAAAGUGGAGUCCUCCAGAUGUACCAGACCCUAACUGGCCACUAGGACAGACUGGCUUCUCUCAUCACCUCCAAGGAGCUCAGCAUUUUUGCUAAAAUGAUCAGCAGUCAAGCAGAACAAGACAAACUCGACAAGUUUUUGAAGGGCCUGUCUGCCAUCAUUUGGCUCCAGAGUGAACGUCAAACUGAGAUUAUUAGAUUUGCAUAUAAUGGGAAGUGAAGAUUAGGUCAGCUGGAUUUAUGCAGCCAGUUGAUUUUAUUUCUCCCUCUCCCCCCUCUCGGAAACCCAGUCUGCGUCUGUCUUGGUUUACUUUCCGCUUAGCAAGGGCUGCAACCUCCAGGGAAAAGGAGAGAGACCAAUGCACAGAGAGCGGGGGAAAGAAUGGCUGUUGUGAGAAAUGAGACAGAGGGACGAGGAAGGGGGAGAAAGAUUGAGAGCUACUCUCGCGGCAGCUAGGUAUCCGGACAUUAAAGUUGAAAAGCAUUCUGAGUCAAGAGCAAGUCUUCUUCACAACCCCCCGCUGCCUCUCAAAAACUGACCGGGCUCUGAGGCUGCUCUGGAAAAUGUGCAACUGCAGAAUUAAUGGAGACAUGAUGAAAGCUUAGCCAGCCCCGGGCAGGCAGGACAGAUGCUGCCUCAUCCCUGACCAUCCACGAUGGAUGUCCCCGGUACCAAAGACUUCGAGUGGAAAACCCUCGCGCCCCUUCCCAGCUGCAGGGUCUACUGCUCGCUGGUGGAGGCAGGCGGCCAGGUCUUUGCCAUCGGGGGCUGUGACGACAACGGGGUGCCCAUGAACUGCUUUGAGGUUUACUCCCCCGAAGCCAACCAGUGGAAUUCUCUUCCUCCCAUGCCCACGGCCCGGGCCGGGGUAGCCGUGGCCACCUUGGGCAAGCGGAUCAUGGUGAUCGGAGGGGUCGGGAUGAACCAGAUGCCCUUGAAGAUAGUGGAAAUGUACAACAUAGAUGAGGGCAAGUGGAAGAAGAGGAACUCCCUGAGGGAAGCCGCCAUGGGCAUCUCGGUGACCGUGAAAGACUACAGAGUCUAUGCAGCUGGCGGGAUGGGACUGGACCUGAGGCCUCACAACUAUAUGCAGCACUACGACAUGCUCAAGGACAUCUGGGUGUCGCUCGCGGCCAUGCCCACGCCCAGGUACGCCGCUACCUCCUUCCUGCGGGGCUCCAAGAUCUACGUGCUCGGUGGGAGGCAGUCCAAAUACGCCAUCAAUGCCUUUGAGGUCUUCGACACAGAGACCAGGUCGUGGACCAAGUUCCCCAGCAUCCCCUGCAAAAGGGCCUUCUCCAGCUUCGUGCCCACGGAGAACAACCUCUUCAGCAUCGGGGGGCUGCGGCAGGGCAGGCUGUACCGGCAGCCCAAGUUCAUGAAGACCGUGGAUGUGUUUGACAUUGAGCAAGGCGGCUGGAUGAAGAUGGAGCGCUCCUCCUUCCUGAAGAAAAGGCGAGCGGACUUUGUCGCUGGCUACUUGAAAGGCCGGGUCAUCGUGGCUGGAGGACUAGGGAACCAGCCAACGGUGCUGGAAUCGGCUGAAGCCUUCCACCCGGGGAAGAACAAAUGGGAGAGCCUGCCGCCGAUGCUGACCCCCCGCUGCGCCUGCUCCAGCAUUGUGGUGAAGAACUGCCUGCUGGCCGUCGGCGGAGUGAACCAGGGCUUGAGCGACGCCGUGGAGGCGCUGUGCGUCUCUGACUCCUAGCCGGACUCUUCCCAAUCCCCACCCCUGCAGGGGCCUGCCCGGAGGUCCUGGCAAGGAGGCAGUUGCGAUCGGCCUGGCGUUCUUUGCACCCGCCUCCUCUGCUGCCCCAUCACAGGACGUCCUAAGGAAGACAGGCAGCUCCCCCUUCCUUUAGUCACCCGCCUCUGUAGCUAGCACUGCUGUGAAACUGCUGAGCAACAGGGGCUGCUGAUGCUCUGUUAGCCGGUGUCGGCACCUGGGCACAUCACCCCUUUGUCUCCACCCCUCUCCGGGACCCAACCGGCCUCGGUCCGACGCCAGCCCUGAAUUGCUGAAGAAUGCACCCGCCUGGGACCGUGGGGCUGGAGGUCAACCAGCCUCGGAGCACUUUGGAAAGGGGGGGUCCUCUCUGUCCUCCUGAGAAGGUCCAGGUAGGGGCCUGGCUCAGACGCCCGCCCCAUAGAGCUGGAACAUGGUGCCCCCUGCCAGGGGGAAAGGACUCUUUCGAUCAGGGCAUGCAGGGGGGACGUUCUCCAACCCCCACUCAGCACUGCCGUACCCCCAUGAAAACCUGUAGAGCCAGACAAGCAGGUGAGAGAAAUCCCAUUGAUCCCAUUGUUUGGGCAGAAUGAAGCUUCCUGCUCUGAGUGACGUGACGCCUGCCAGGCGCCCAGGGUGCAAGACGCCCCUCCCUGCGUGGACUCCCUUGGCGAGCGACAGGGGGACUUACUAAUCGUAUAACCCACGUGGAUGGUGCGCUCCCCCAGCCAGCGAGGCGCCAGUCCUAUGCCUGGAUGGACAGCGGCUCCACUGCCCAUGAACGUUGCCGGCACUGCUGGGCGAGCUCUGAGAGAUGGCGACCCGGGGACUGGCUGGGGGGCUAUGUUCAGCAAACGGAGGACUGCAGUUA